AUGAUCUAAUAAAAAUCAAAAGUAUAUCAAUCAUUUGAUCAGUUUUGUGAAUUGUAAUAAAAAUGGAUUAAAUAAGAACAUGAAGAAGAAUAAAAAUUCAUUUAAUUAAUAAGCUCAGAAUUGAAUCAUACUUAAAUUAUAUAAUUGGGAUAUGGUUUAGGAAAAUUAAAAUUAGUAAAAACUAAAAUGACAUUUGGUAAUAGAUAAGUACUUGUAUUUGAAUAAUAAUAAAUAAAAACAGAAGAAAUUAAGGAGGAUUAAAUUAAACAAUUUUCAGAAAUAAAAUAAGAAAAUUUUAGAUUAAAAUAAGGAGAUUAAGUUGGAAUCUACAUAUGGUCAAAAGUGUUAAAUUAAUAGAAAUUUAAAAAUCCUGAUGCUGUUGGAGUCAUUGAUAGAUAUAGAAAGAACUUAAGAAUAAUUUUAGAAUAAAAUUGUAAAAUCCCAGAUGACAAUUCAAUAUAUGGGAUAUGUUUAUAAGAAAAUCAAGUGACAUAUAAAAGGUAUAAAUAUUCUUUAAUUAUAGACAUAUAUAAGUGAUAGAGGAUUUAAAAUAAUAAUAUGAAAAGAUGCCAAUUAUUUAAAUUUUAUUCGGUGAUGAAUAAGAACAGAAAAUAAAGAAAAAUACCAAAGAAGGUAUAUAAUUUUAAGGGGAUACAAUUUUAUAAUUAAAUUAAUAAUAAUAAAUAGCAGUUGAAAAUGCAAUGAAUUAACCUCAUAUAUCAUUAAUUCAUGGUCCACCUGGAACAGGAAAAACAAGAACAGUUUGUGAAUAUAUAAAAUAAGCUGUUUUAGUAUAAAAUUAGAAGGUAAUUUAAUUAUUUAAUAUUUGAUAGGUAUUAGCAUGUGCAAAUUCUAAUGUUGCAGUUGAUAAUAUGAUAGAGAGGAUUCAAAGUAUAAGUUAAUUAAAAGUCUGUAGAAUAGGUAAUCCUGCAAGAAUGACAGAUUAAGUUAGAUAUGUUUGUAUUGAUUAAUUAGUAAAAAAGACUUCAAGUUAUGCAAUGUAUGAAAUGAGAAAUAUAAAUUUAGAAUGAAAACAAUAAAAACAGAAAUUUAAUAGAUUGAGAAGAAAUUAAGCAGAUAAGAAAGAAGGGAAGGAGCUGAUUUAAGAGACCAAUUGAAACAAAAGAAAAGAGAAUAUUAUGAAUAAUAAUAAUUAGCAUAUGAGGAAGCUAUCUAGGAUUGCCAAGUUAUUUUUAGUACUAAUGUUGGGAGUGGUUAAUUUUAAUUUUCAUAAUUAACUAGGAAUAUAAAAUUUGAUGUAGUAGUAAUUGAUGAAUGUGCAUAAUCAUUAGAAAUAAGUUGUUGGAUUCCAAUUCUUAAAGGAAAGAAAGUAGUUUUAGCUGGGGAUCAUUGUUAAUUACCUCCAACAGUUAAAACAAAAAACACUGGAUUAGAGAUGACUUUAUUUGAAAGAAUUGAAAAUGAAUUAAAUAUUAAUACUUAGUUAACAGUCUAAUAUAGAAUGAACAAAUCAAUUAUGUAAUGGUCAUCUUAAGAAUUUUAUAAUGGACAUUUAAUUGCUGAUGAAUCUGUUGCUAAUAGAUAUGUAAGUGAAACCAUUUUACUUUUUGUUGAUACAGCAAGUUGUGAAUUCUAUGAAUAAUAAUAAGAAAGUUUAUUGUGUUUUGAUGAUUAAAAUAAAUCAAAAUAUAACACUGGAGAGGCUGGAUUAGUUUAAAUCAUUUCUGAAGAAUUAAUUAGUUUAGGUGUUUAAAAAUAAGAUAUAGGAAUCAUAACACCAUACAAUGCUUAAGUUUAAUUAUUAAAGUCUUAAAUUAAUGAUAUUGAAAUUUCUACUGUUGAUGGUUUUUAAGGAAGAGAAAAAGAUUGUAUAAUCAUUUCCAUGGUUAGAUCAAAUUAAAUUGGAGAAGUUGGAUUCUUAAGUGAAUCUAGAAGAAUGAAUGUUGCUAUUACUAGAGCUAAAAAAUUCGUUUGUCUUAUAGGGGAUAGUGAAACUGUUUCUAAAGAUCCUUUUUUAAAAAGAUUAAUUGAUUAUUUUAAUGAAAAUGGAGAUUAAAGAAGUGCUUAAUAUUAUCAAUAUAAUGAUAAGAUUUAAAUACCUAUUUUAGUAAAAUAAAUUUAAAAAGAAAGUGUUUUAGAUAAAAAUAAGAAAACUAAAACAUAAAUUAAGCAAUUAAAAUAAAAUAAUAAUAAUUAAAUCUUAAAUCAAUAAGUUUAAGACAAUUUUAUUGAAUAACAAUAAGAAUAAAAUACUAUCUCUUAAAAUGAAAUUUUAAUUAUUAAUUUUUUAAAUUCAAAAGAAAUAGAACUUAUUUUUAAAGAUUAAAAUAGUUUUCAAAGAAAAGAACUUCAUGAAUUAGCAGAAAAAUAUUAACUAAAUCAUGAAAGUAUUGGUAAUAAUAAAUAAAAAAAAAUCUUAAAAUUAACAAAAAAUUUAUAAGUCUAAAAAUAAUAACACGCAGAUUUAGAUUAAAAAGAUACAAUAAAUCAAUAAGAAUAAGAAAAUAAAAUUACAUAAUUGAUAAAAGAGGAUGAAAACAAAUAGUAAGAACAAUUAUAAUAAAAUUAAUAAUUAUAACAAUAAUAAUAAUAAUAACAAAAAUAAUAACAAUAAUAAUAAGAAUAAUAAUAAAAAUAAUAAAGUUAAAAUGGAUAAUAAUAAAAUGAGAAACAAAAGCCUUCUUAAUAAUAAUAAAAAAAGAAAGAAAAAUAGCCAUCUUAAUAAUAAUAAAAUAAAAAACAAACAUUGAAACAAUAAAAAUAAGAGGAAGAUGAAUUUUUUGAUUAGAUUGUAUUAAAGGAUGAGAAAAAAUGUUCAUUCAUGUCCAAUAAUGUCUAAUGUCAUUAACCAAUAAAUUUACUAUCCAUAAAAUGCAAAUUCUGUGAAUAUUUAUUUUGUACCCAUCAUGUAUUUGCUGAAAAUCAUGGAUGUGGAGAUAAUGCUAGUAAAUUUGCAAGGUAUAUUAAUUCAAUAAAAUUAGAUAAUAAUUUUAAUCAAAUCAACUCAAUACUGAAACAAGUAGGGCUGCUCUUCAAGCAAAAAUUGCGGAUAGUAUGAAAAAAAGAGAAAAAAAGUAAAAAAAAAAAUGA